AAACAACUUGAUUCUGAUUGGUGAAAUUUAUUGAUUAUGGCUCACUAUUCCAAAGAAGAACUGGAUGAAGAGUUUGAACAGUUCAUGAAAGAGCUUUCAGAUGAUUCUUUUGAAAAUUCAAACAAAACAGCUAGACAACCUAAAAGAGAAGUGAAAAAGAAAGAUGCUCUGCCAUGGUGGAUUACAGAAGGUGAUUUUGAAGAUGGUGGACAGCUUGGAACAAAUGUAAGCUAUCUGAAAACAAAGACGACUUCUCAGCCUAUUAUGGAAAUAGAAGAGGAGUCUGCUGAGAGGAUUCAGUUUCUCAAGAGCAGUGGAACCUCUAUCCUAAGUAUUGACAGCUUAGAAACAAAUGAGAGAAUAGUUUCUGAGAUCAAUCAAAGUGUUCUCGGAUUGGGAUUGGACACAUUCGAAGAAAAAGAAGAAAAAGAGCAAUUUUUUGCCAGACUUGAGAAAGGGUUAACAUCUUCCAUUGAUUAUUCAAGAUUAAAUAAGGAAUUGGAUUCUAAUGAUUCCACACAUUUUAAAGCUUUACAUAGUAAUCAAGCUAAUAUAGAACUAACUGAAGAUAAACAUGAGAAUGAAUCAAAACAUGAAGAACUGGCAGAAAAUUACAGUGAUGAUUUUGAAGAUGAGGAGGAUAUUGAUGGACCUUUGACUACUAAAGGUGAAGAGACUAAUUCCAGAGAAAAUUCCAAAUCAGAAAAAAUAAAUGCACCCAAACAGGAAGAAGAGAAAACUGGCAUGCUGGCCAAUGUGGUGCUGCUUGAUUCAUUAGAUUCUGUAGCAGAGGUCAACCUUGAUGAACAAGGUAAAGCAACUACUGUGCCAAAGGUUCUGCCUGAAAUAACUGACAAUGAAAUGACAGGAACAGGUGUUUCUUAUGGACAAAGCAAUAGUGAUAUUGAAGCUCUUCAUCAGGCUUAUUGUCAUAUAGCCCAUUCCUUGGGAGAUACUGAUGAACAAAGAAUUGAGACUACUGCCAUAGAAAAUGUCAAGAGCUCAGAGAAAGAUCAUCCUCAAGAAAAUGAGGAGUCCUCCAAAAACAUCUCUACUACGGAAUCUGAUCUGCCCACAGUAGAGGAGCUGAUGAAAACUAUCAGAAUAGAUUCCUUUGGGAUCAGUGGUUUGGAUUUACAACCUGUAAGCUAUAAAAAACAGGCUGAUAGUAAAGAAACUGAAGUCAUAAGCCCCUUACCCCUUAAGAUGAAGCCAAAUGUGUCUCAAGAGCCACAACAUGUGAACCAGUUAUUUGACAAAAAUGAAGAGAAUGUGGUUUUACAAAAGACAACAAAUGAAAGUAUAGAAAAUUGCUGCCCAAGAGUAAAUACUACAGAAGAAUGUAUAGAUAAAAUGUACCUUGACAUUUUGCGGAAAAAACUAUCUGUUGCUCCUUCAGUGUUACCUCAGGAGGACAAAAUAAAGAAAACUUUUAGAUCUCAACUCAGUUCUGGAGAAGGGGCUGUAAUUGGUAAAGAGGUACCAUACAGGAAGGCCAGAAGUGCACCUCCUUUACCCAAAAGAAAACCCCAGAGUGGUGUAUAUGCAUCAGUUAGGAGCUCGGGCUAUGGAAAACCCAGUUCACCAUUCAAGACUUCUACUCUUGAAAAGAAAACUUCAAAAGACAUGAUGAAAAGCAAAAACUUGAGAUCCAUUCUCACUUCAAAUCAAGCCAGAAAAAAAGAAAUCUUAUCUGAAACAAAACUUAAGCCUGCUGCAUUGGGUAAACCAGCUCCCAAAACUGAAAGUUGCCUGGCUACUCCUAAGAAAUCUGAAGAUGCUACAGAAACUAGUUCCUGUGUUCAUUUUCAAAUUGAUUCUUCAGGAUACCGUGAUGGGAACAUGGACACAGAAUUAAUUAUGUUUAAAAGAGUUCAGGAAGCAGAGGAAAAAUGGAGGGGUGCACAAGCCGUAAUUGAGCAAAUUAAAGUCACAUUCUCAGAAAAAGAGAGAGAGUUAGAAAAUAAGGUGGAAGAACUAAAAAGACAACAGGAAAAGGAACUCUUCAAAUUGAGUCAGGACAAUUAUAUUCUUCAAACCAAGUUAAAUAGCUUUGGAGAAACAAACAAAAAACAAAGGUGGUUACAUGUUGGAGAAACAACCAAUCCUGUCACUGAAGAAAAAUUGAAGCAAAUCCAAAAAGAAAUACAAGAACAAGAGACACUUCUUCAAGGAUACCAACAGGAAAAUGAAAGAUUGUAUAAUCAAGUGAAAGAUCUCCAAGAACAAAACAAGAAAAAUGAGGAACGAAUGUUCAAGGAAAACCAGAGUUUAUUCAGUGAGUUAGCUUCCUUAAAAGAACAGAUGCAAAGAAAUCAUUUCCUGUCUCAAGUAGUUGAAGAUUCAGAGCCCACCAAAAACCAGAAUUUUACAGAUCUGUUAACAGAACUACGCGUGGCACAGAAAGAAAAAAACAGUUUAUUGGAAGACAUCAAAAGACUGAAACAAGACAAACAAGCUCUUGAAGUAGACUUGGAAAAAAUGAAGAAAGAGAGAGACCACGCCAGAGAUCAGGUUGCUUAUGUCACAGGUGAGAAAUUAUAUGAAAUAAAAAUUUUAGAAGAAACGCAUAAACAAGAAGUCAUUCGUUUGCAAAAAAGAAUACAGUGGUAUGCGGAAAAUCAGGAACUUCUGGAUAAAGAUGCAGUUCGACUUAAAGAAGCAAAUGAAGAAAUUGAGAGGCUCAAACUUGAGGCUGAGAAACUGAAAGCUGAAUAUGGAAAUCCAUCUCUUCAGAGGAAGACACAUUUAAAAGAUAAAGCAGCUGAUGCCAAAAGAAUUCAGGACCUAGAGCGACAAGUUAAGGAAAUGGAAGGAAUUCUAAAGAGAAGAUAUCCUAAUUCUUUACCUGCUUUAAUAUUGGCUGCAUCAGCAGCUGGUGAUACAGUAGAUAGAAACACAGUGGAAUUUAUGGAAAAAAGAAUAAAAAAACUAGAAGCUGAUCUGGAGGGCAAAGAUGAAGAAGCAAAGAGAAGCCUUCGUACCAUGGAACAAGAGUUUCAGAAAAUGAAGAUUCAGUAUGAACAGAGACUAGAGGAGCAGGAGCAGCUACUUGCCCACAAAUUGAAGGCAGCAUCCCAGAACCAACAUGACAACUCCUCCAGGGUUAAAGCACUAGAGAAGGAACUUGACGACAUUAAGGAAGCCCAUCAAAUCACUGUAAAAAACCUUGAAGCUGAAAUAGACACGUUUAAACAGCAGAAUGCUGAAUUAGAGCUCAAGAAAAAUAGAGAUGAUAAAGAUUUCCAGUCUAUCGAAUUCCAAGUGGAACAGGCUCAUGCUAAAGCUAAACUGGCAAGACUCAAUGAGGAGCUGGCAGCAAAGGGGAGAGAAAUACAAGACCUUUCAAAAACUGUGGAGAAGCUUCAGAAGGAGAGAAGGAUGAUGCUAUCCAGUCAGAACUCUAAGGGGAGGGAGGAAAUGACUGCAAAAAGGGUAAAGAAGGAUGUUUCGCACCCAGGUAAAGGAAAUGCCAACUCCUUCCCUGGAACCCUGGACGGCAAGCUUUACCAACCACAUACUUUUACUGAUUCCCACAUUUCAGAGGUUUUACAAGAAAACUGCAGAUUGAAAAAUGAACUGGAGAAAGUAAUUGUGGAGAAAAAUGAGUUGAAGAUGAAAUCUGACAUAGCUAUGAACCAGUUUGAGAAUUCCAUGAAAAGAGUCAAGGAAGACACUGCAGCACACAUCACAUCUCUCAAAGCAUCUCAUCAGAGGGAAAUAGAGAAACUCCUUUGCCAAAACGCAGUGGAAAAUUCCUCUUCCAAAGUAGCUGAACUAAAUCGUAAAAUAGCAACUCAAGAGGUACUUAUAAAACAUUUCCAAAAUCAAGUUAAUGAGCUGCAAGAUAAACAAGAAUCUCUUAUAGUUUCUCAAGUUCGAGAAGAAAUCCUACAGAAAGAGAUUACAAAACUCUUAGAAGAAUUGAGAGAGGCCAAAGAGAACCAUACCCCAGAGAUGAAACAUUUCAUGGGCUUAGAAAAGAAAAUUAAACAGAUGGAAAUGAGACAUAAACAAAGAGAGCAAGAACUUCAACAGAUAAUACAGCAGACACACCAAGUAGUAGAAACUGAGCAAAACAAAGAAAUUGAGAAAUGGAAAAGACUCGCACAGUUGAAGAAUCGUGAGCUGGACAAGUUCCGCACAGAAUUAGACUCGAUCUUAGAUGUUCUGCGGGAGCUGCAGCGGCAGGGGGUGGUUGUGCCCGUUGCCUUUGCGGAGGAAGUGAGUGCGCCACAGUAUUAACUAGAACUUCAGACGUCAUAGGACCUCCUGGCAGGCCUGAUGCGGGAUGGCUGGGAUCGUGCCUUGUCAGAGAAGGCUGUUGAAAACAAGUGUUCCCGGAUGUUCCCAGAAAACCGCACAAAAGCAACAUUUCAAAAUAAAUUGCUCUUUACCAAUAAGAAAAAAAAAAGAAGCAUUGUAGCAUAUUUUACUGAAAAUCUUUAACCAGUCACGUUUUAAAUAAUUUACGGACAAUUCUCUUCAUGUCAGGAGAUUAGAGUUAGUGAAUUUCAUAGUAAAGGUUCUCACUUACACGCUAGGUGUGAAAAGAAAAGAAGAUUGCACCUACUCUGCCGUCGUAAGUGCCAGAAAAGCAGCUCCUCCCUCUCAUGGGAACGCAGGGAGGGUGUGAGCACAGUGGCUUGCACAACCACAUCGCCCGUCACCGAGCAGGAGAGUUUCCGCAGUAACUUGAACAAGAAUUAUAAUUUCUGUAGAUAGUGAACUACCUGUGUCACCCAGAUUUCUACUCCCACCUCUACGUGCCUCAUUUUUUUCACCUGCGAUAAGUGCAAAAUACACAAGUAAUAAGAGGAUUUGGUUUAUUGUUUUAUGCUACAUGUCUUAAAUGCCAGUCCAUUUUUUGUAACUCCUUCAAGUUGUGGACAGAACAUAACAUUUUUACUUUCUCUAUUUAAAAGGUAAUAUGUGUUCAUUAGAAGAAACUAAAAGCAUGCACAAAAGCAGCCAGAUUGUUAUUUUACUUUGCAAUUCCCAUUUCCAAAAGCAAAUAGUGAGUAUAUAAGAUACUGGUCAAUUAAAGCUAUAGCCACUUUGUUUUCAGAUGUCCUAGCCCAGUACUGUCCAACAGAAGUAUAAUUAAUGUGAGCCACGUAUUUUAUUUUCCUGUAGCCACAUUUAAAAAUAUUUUAAAUGUAAUUAAUUUGGAAACUUACAUAAUCUAAUAUAUUCAAAAUGUGAAUAUAAAAGUUGAGUUUUUACAUUAUUUUUUCAUACUAAGUCUCCAAAUUCUGGUAUAUUUUACAUUUAUAAACACAUCUCACCUUGGACUAGCCACAUUCCAAGUGCUCAAUAACCACAGGCUAAUAAAUGCAAUUCUAGAAUAAUAAUUACAAUGUGAAGCACUGUAGAAAGGACAGGUGAAAUAGGUCUUGGUGGAAUUAUGGAGAGCAAAUGUGAAAUGUGGAAAUUAAUAAUAAGAAAUGCAAUUAAUGUCAAUGUUCAGCAUUUUUUAAUGUCCUUUUCCUAAGAGGGUACAAAAAGCAUUAUA